CUCUUUGACCUUGUCCCGUCUCUAUCCUCAUGUCCCUCCGAUCGGCCCUCCGUGUAGCUCGUACAGCUCGUCUGGCUUCUCCCAGAUUGACCGCCCCCAAGAGAUAUGCCUCGAGCGCUCAUAAGCCGAGCAGCGACCUCCCCUGGGCUGCGGGGUCAUUUGUGAUCUUUGGAGGAUUGACCGCCUUGAUACUCAUGCCUUCUUCGAACACUCACCACAAGGUCGCUGCUGUACAUGACUUUCCGAAAGAUCCUGAAAGUCCCGUUGCCAAAGCGCAGCAGACAGGUGGACAUAGUGCAGUGAACGAAAUGCUCGAUCAGGCUUCAGAGACGGACAAGGAGGAGAAGGAGACGCCUGAAGGCGGCGAAACUGAAGCGGUCGAAAAAAGCUUGAAGGAAGAUGCCCCUCCUGUAGCUCAAGCAGAGGAUGAGUCUGCAGGUCCAUCUGGUGAUGCUGAGACACCCGCCAACGUAGAUGACAGCGACAAACCCAGCGAUGCCGAGGUCAAAGGUAGCAUCAAAAAGGGCAUGGAAUCCAAUGCGCCCCCGGUGGCAAUGGACGCUGAGGCAAAGGGGAAGGAAAACUGAGUGUUUUAGAAGAGACAGGGUGAAAAAAAAUCAAGCAACAAUCAAAAGAGAAGAAAAUGCAAAGCAUCAAAGUAG